AUGUCCUCUCCACAGCAGGUUUAUCUGCUGCCUCUGAAGGAUGAUGGAUCGCCCGAUGUUCCUGGAGGAUAUAUCUACCUCCCUGCUCCCACUAACCCGCCAUACUUACUCCGGUUUGUCAUUGAAGGCAGCAGCUCAAUCUGCAGAGAGGGUGCUUUAUGGGUGAACAUCCCUGAGAAGGGCGAGUCUUUCAAUCGGUCUGCUUUUCGAAGCUUCAGCCUAUCCCCGGACUUCAACAAGAACAUUCAGAUCGAUGUCCCCAUCACCUCUGCUGGUUCUUUCGCCUUCUAUGUGACCUUCUCCCCGCUUCCUGAGUUCUCCGUUCUAUCAACACCCACCCCAGAGCCAACAAGGACUCCAACCCAUUAUAUCGAUGUCUCACCCAAGUUGACUCUUCGCGGUCAAGAUCUCCCGCUCAAUGCCCUCUCUAUAUACUCUGUGAUCUCUAAGUUCAUGGGCCAGUAUCCCAAGGAGUGGGAGAAACACCUCAACGGUAUAAGCCAGCGUAAUUACAAUAUGGUUCAUUUCACGCCCUUGAUGAAACGCGGAGCUUCCAAUUCACCUUAUAGCAUCUUUGAUCAACUACAAUUUGAUGACGCCGUGUUCCCCAAUGGUGAAGACGAUGUUGCGCGUCUGAUAUCUAAGAUGGAGAAUGAAUAUGGACUUCUGUCGCUUACGGAUGUUGUAUGGAACCACACCGCCCAUAACAGCAAAUGGUUGGAGGAGCACCCAGAAGCCGGCUACAGUGUCGAAACUGCCCCAUGGCUUGAGGCAGCACUGGAGCUGGACACUGCGCUGCUGAAAUUCGGACAGGAUCUCCAAAACCUUGGGCUGCCGACCGAGUUUCAAACUGUGGACGAAUUGAUGAAAGUCAUGAAUGUUAUGCGGGACAAGGUCAUCGCUGGAAUACGACUAUGGGAAUUCUACGCCAUUGAUGUGAAGAGUGACACACAUAAAAUACUCGACAAAUGGAAAACAUCCAAAGACAUAGAUCUAACAGACACGAACUGGGCGCAACUCAAUCUUCAAGACUACAAAAACUGGACUUUGAAGCAACAAGCAACCUUCAUCCGAGACCAUGCUAUACCUACUUCGAAACAGGUCUUGGGCCGGUUCAGCAGAGCUGUUGAUUUGCAGUUUGGGGCAGCCAUACUAACAGCACUUUUCGGUCCACAUAAUCCUUCGACGUCCGAUACUAGUAUAGUCGAGGAAAGUCUCUCUAAAAUACUCGACGAGGUCAAUCUUCCAUUCUACGAGGAGUAUGAUGGCGAUGUCUCGGAAAUUAUGAAUCAAGUCUUCAACCGGAUAAAAUAUUUACGGAUUGAUGACCAUGGACCCAAGCUCGGCGCCGUCACGGCACAAAGCCCAUUGAUCGAAACGUACUUCACAAGGCUGCCUCUGAACGAUGUUACCAAGAAGCACAAGAAAGAGGCGCUGGCGCUGGUCAACAAUGGCUGGAUAUGGAACGCUGAUGCUCUGCGGGACAAUGCGGGGCCCGACUCCAGGGCUUAUCUGCGACGUGAAGUAAUCGUCUGGGGUGAUUGCGUGAAGCUGAGAUAUGGCAGCUGUCGUGACGAUAAUCCUUUCCUCUGGGAUUUCAUGACAGACUAUACUCGGCUCAUGGCCAAAUAUUUCUCAGGGUUCCGCAUCGACAAUUGCCAUUCGACACCAUUGGUGGUUGCCGAGUAUCUGCUAGACGAGGCACGCAAAGUUCGACCCAAUCUGACUGUUUUCGCGGAACUAUUUACUGGCUCGGAGGAAGCUGAUUAUAUAUUUGUCAAACGUCUCGGCAUAAAUGCGCUCAUUCGUGAGGCCAUGCAAGCUUGGAGUACAGGGGAACUAAGUCGUCUUGUUCAUCGUCAUGGCGGACGCCCGAUUGGUAGUUUCGAUCUUGACUUGCCCUCUUCAGGCAGUAGUCAUGCAAUAGCUUCUUCUGGUCUUGACUCCGGCAAAGAAAAAGUUGUUCAUAUUCGGCCUACACCAGUUCAGGCCUUAUUCAUGGAUUGCACUCAUGACAACGAGAUGCCCGCGCAGAAGAGAACCGCCAAAGAUACUCUGCCAAAUGGGGCUCUGGUAGCUAUGUGUGCCUCAGCCAUUGGCAGCGUCAUCGGCUAUGAUGAAGUAUAUCCUCGGCUUGUCGAUCUCGUCCAUGAGCAUCGGCUAUACUUCUCUGAAUUCUCAGAGGCCCCCGAGACUGGUCUGAACUCUCUCGAAGGGGGGAUUGGAGGCAUCAAAAAGCUACUCAAUGAGCUUCAUACCAAGAUGGGUAUUGAAGGUUAUGACGAGACGCACAUUCAUCAUGACGGUGAGUAUAUCACUGUGCACAGGGUGCAUCCCAGAACACGGAAAGGUGUUUUCUUGAUUGCACAUACGGCGUUUCCUGGUCAAGAUAGCAGAUCUGUACUUGCGCCUACACAUCUUGUCGGUACUCAGGUCAAGCAUAUCGGGACGUGGCUCUUGGAAGUGGAUACAAGCCAAACUACCAAGGAGCGGAUACAAGCAGACAAGUCCUACCUACGGGGCCUGCCAAGCCAAGUCAAAACGUUUGAAGGUACCAAGAUCGAGGAGUCUGGCAAAGAUACCAUCAUAUCCGUUUUGAAUUCUUUUGUUGCCGGGUCUAUUGCGUUGUUUGAAACAUCCAUGCCGAGUGUUGAACAUGCAAGUGGACUGGACAAUUACAUCACCGAAGGCGUGGAUCAUGCAUUCUCGGAUCUUAGCUUAGUCGAUCUAAACUUCGCGCUUUACCGCUGCGAAGCUGAAGAGAGAGAUUCGAGUAAGGGCCAGGACGGGGCUUACGACAUCCCCGGCCAUGGCCCCUUGGUCUAUGCCGGUCUACAGGGGUGGUGGAGCGUGCUUGAGAACAUCAUCAAAUACAAUGAACUAGGCCACCCACUGUGUGAUCACCUGCGAAACGGACAGUGGGCUCUGGACUAUAUUGUGGCUCGCCUGGAGAAGUUGAGCCACAAGGAAGAGCACCCUGCCCUUGGCAGGCCGGCUGCAUGGCUGCAGGAGAAGUUCCAGGCCGUUCGUCAGCUGCCAAGCUUUCUUUUACCCCGGUACUUUGCGAUAAUCGUUCAGGUUGCCUACAAUGCCGCCUGGAAGCGAGGGAUUCAACUGCUGGGACCGCAUAUACAAAAAGGGCAAGAAUUCAUUCAUCAGUUAGGUAUGGUGAGCGUCCAACAAACUGGAUAUGUGAAUUCGGCGUCUUUGUGGCCCACAAAGAAGGUACCCAGUCUUGCAGCUGGCCUUCCGCAUUUUGCGGUAGACUGGGCGAGAUGCUGGGGCCGCGACGUGUUCAUCUCACUCAGAGGCCUCCUUCUGUGCACAGGUCGCUUUGAGGAUGCCAAAGAGCACAUAACGGCAUUUGCAAGUGUACUGAAACAUGGCAUGAUCCCGAAUCUUCUGAGCAGUGGGAAGCUCCCGCGCUACAAUUCUCGGGAUUCUGUAUGGUUCUUCCUGCAAUCCAUCCAGGAUUACACUGAAAUGGCACCAGAUGGACUGGAAAUUCUCGAUCAUAAGGUUCCCAGACGUUUUCUACCAUACGACGAUGUAUGGUUCCCGUUUGAUGAUCCGAGGGCCUACUCGCAACAGUCAACGAUAUCCGAAAUAAUUCAGGAGGUCUUCCAGCGACACGCACAAGGACUCUCCUUCAGAGAAUACAACGCCGGGCCUGACCUUGAUAUGCAGAUGACACAGGAUGGUUUCCAGAUUGAUGUCAAAGUCGACUGGGAAACAGGGCUGAUAUUCGGUGGUAGCCAAUACAAUUGCGGGACAUGGCAGGACAAGAUGGGUGAGAGCGCGAAAGCGGGUAACAAAGGCGUACCUGGGACACCACGAGACGGGGCAGCAAUCGAGAUAACCGGGCUAGUGUACAGCGCCUUGACUUGGGUUGCUAAAUUGCACGAGCGUGGCAUUUACAAACAUGAUGGAGUUGACAUUGGAGGUGGGAAAUCCAUCUCUUUCGAAGAUUGGGCGUCAAGAAUUCGGGCCAACUUCGAACGCUGUUACUAUGUUCCUCUACAGCCAAAGGACGAUGGCCAAUACGACAUCGACGCAAACAUCAUCAAUAGAAGGGGGAUUUACAAGGACCUGUACAGGUCUGGUAAACCAUACGAGGACUACCAGCUUCGUUCCAACUUCCCGAUAGCCAUGACCGUCGCUCCAGACCUGUUUACUGCCUCCAAAGCACUUGCAGCUCUGGCUCUUGCCGACGAGGUCCUGGUCGGGCCAGUGGGAAUGGCCACUCUGGAUCCCUCCGACCUCAAUUACCGCCCUAACUACAAUAAUUCCGAGGACUCGACCGAUUUUGCAACCGCCAAAGGGAGAAAUUACCACCAAGGUCCUGAGUGGGUUUGGCAGCGUGGGUACUUCCUCCGCGCCUUUUUGCACUUCGACCUUGCUCGCAGGACGACACCGGCGGAACGGACGGAGACAUACCAACAGAUUACUCGACGCUUGGAGGGUUGCAAGCGGGCUUUGAGGGAAAGUCCAUGGAAGGGCCUUACCGAACUAACGAAUAAGAAUGGUGCCUACUGUGCAGAUUCCUCACCCACCCAAGCAUGGUCAGCUGGAUGUCUGCUUGAUUUGUAUUAUGAUGCAUCAAGACAUUCACAGAGCUGA